AUGGUGGGAGAUCUAGUUCUGUCCCAGGCGCAGACGCACCAGGUCGCCACGCCAAGAACCGCCGCACCGGCGCCGGCGCAGGCGUUGGAGAAGAGGCCGAGGGACCAGGUGCAGCCAUGUGGCACGGCGGCGGCGGCCGUCCCGUUGCGGAGCUUGGACGGGGUCAGGAAGGCGCACGCGCGGCAUAUCAAGCUGGGCCUCGACCGCUGCCUGCGGCACGCGCGGCCGCUGCUCGCGGCGUGCGCCCUCUGGGGCUGGUCGGGCGGCAUGGAGCUCGCGGCGUCCAUCUUCGAGUCGCUCGUCGAGCCGGAGGCCUUCGAUUACAACACCCUGAUGCGCGGCCACGUCGGUGGCGGCCGCGGCGACCGUGAACCGGCGGCCGCGCUGCGCCUUUACGUUGACAUGCUGGAGGCGGGCGUCGGGCCUGACAGCUACACGUUCCCGUUCGUACUCAAGGCGUGCGCGCAGCUCGCGGCCUUGCAAGAAGGGAGGCAGUUGCAGGCGCACAUCGUGAAGCUCGGGUUCCAGCACGACGAGCACGUGCAGAACAGCCUGAUCAGCUUCUACGGCAAGUGCGGGGAGCCGGCGAUGGCUCGUCUGGCGUUUGACCGGGUGGAGGCCGAGGAGCGGACGACGGCUUCCUGGAGCGCACUCCUCGCGGCGUACACGAAGGCCGAGCUGUGGGGCGAAUGCCUCGAGUCGUUCGGCGCGAUGGUACUCGAUGGGUGGAGGCCCGACGAGAGCUCCAUGGUCAGCGUGCUCUCGUCGUGUGCGCACCUGGGUGCCUUCGACGUCGGGAGGAGCAUCCACUGCGCGCUGCUGAGGAACACCGCGAGGCUGAACGCCAUCAUGCAGACGUCCCUGGUGGACAUGUACGCCAAGUGCGGCAGCAUCGAGAAGGCCGCGGCGGUGUUCGACGCGAUGGAGGACAAGAACGCGUGGACGUACAGCGCCAUGCUAUCCGGCUUGGCGCUGCACGGGGACGGGCGGAAGGCGCUGCAGGUGUUCUACGCGAUGGUCCGGGAGGGCCACGCGCCCGACGCGGCGGCGUACGUCGGCGUGCUGAACGCCUGCAGCCGCGCCGGGCUGCUCGAGGACGGGCUGCGGUGCUUCGACCGCAUGCGGCUGGAGCACAAGGUCGCGCCCAACGCGCAGCACUACGGCUGCAUGGUGGACCUGAUGGCCCGCGCCGGAAGGCUGGACGACGCGCGCGCGCUCAUCGGGAGCAUGCCCACGGGGCCGACGGACACGGCCUGGCGAAGCCUGCUGAACGCGUGCCGGAUCCACGGCGACCUGGAUCUCGCCGAGCGCGCCCUUGAGGAGCUGAGGCGCCUGGGCGCCACCAACGCCGGCGACUACGUCAUCGUCGCGGACAUGCACACCAGGACCAAGAACUGGCCCGCUGCCGCCGCGUUCCGGACAGAGGCGGUGGACUGGGGCCUCGCGCAGUCCCCCGGGUUCAGCGCCGUGGAGGUACGCGGCGAGCUGCACCGGUUCGUGUCGCAGGACAUGUCGCACCCGCGGACGCGCGACAUCUACGAGAUGCUCCACCAGAUGGAGUGGCAGCUGCGGUUCGAUGGCUACAAACCUGACACGUCGGAGGUGGCGCUGGACGUGGGCGAAGAGGAGAAGCGGCGCGUGGUCGCCGCGCACAGCCAGAAGCUGGCCAUGGCGUUCGGCCUGCUCAGCACGCCGGAGGGGCCGCCGGUGAGGGUCGUGACCAACCUCCGGAUGAGCAAGGAAUGCCACGCGUACAGCGCGCUGAUCUCGGAGAUCUUCAGGCGGGAGAUCGUCAUCAGGGACCGGAACCGGCUCCACCGGUUCAGGCGCGGGGCCUGCACAUGCAGUGACUACUGGUAA